AUGAAAGUGCUCUUCUUUUUAAGGCAAUUAACUGGAAUGGAAAGAAAAUGCUGUAGGCGUCCUGGUCUGUGGUCCUCAAUGAUGUAUACAUUCCUCCUGGGUGCGGUUUUCAUUGCUUUAAGCUCAAGUCGCAUUUUACUAGUAAAAUAUUCUGCCAAUGAAGAGAACAAAUAUGAUUAUCUUCCAACUACUGUGAAUAUCUGCUCAGAACUGGUGAAGCUCGUUUUCUGUGUGCUUGUAUCAUUCUGUGUUAUAAAGAAAGAAGAUCAUCAAAGUAGAAAUUUGAAAUGUGCUUCCUGGAAGGAAUUCUCUAAUUUCCUGAAGUGGUCCAUUCCUGCCUUUCUUUAUUUCCUGGAUAACUUGAUUGUCUUCUAUGUCCUGUCCUAUCUUCAACCUGCCAUGGCUGUUAUCUUCUCAAAUUUUAGCAUUAUAACAACAGCUCUUCUGUUCAGAAUAGUACUAAAGCGGCGUCUAAACUGGAUACAGUGGUCUUCCCUUCUGAUUCUAUUUUUUUCUAUUGUGGCCCUAACUACUGGGACUAAAACUUCACAGCAUAACCUGGCAGGACAUGGAUUUCAUCAUGAUGCCUUCUUUAGCCCAUCCAAUUCCUGCCUUCAUUUCAGAAGUGAAUGUCCUGGAAAAAAUUGCACAGUGAAGGAGUGGACUUUCCCUGAAGCUAAAUGGAAUAAUACCACAGCCAGAGUUUUCAGUCACAUUCGUCUUGGCUUGGGCCAUAUACUGAUUAUAGUACAGUGCUUUAUUUCUUCAAUGGCCAAUAUCUAUAAUGAAAAGAUACUGAAGGAAGGAAACCAUCUCACCGAAAGCAUCUUCAUACAGAACAGCAAGCUCUAUUUCUUUGGCAUUCUUUUUAAUGGGCUGACACUGGGUCUUCAGAACAGUAACCGUGAUCAGAUUAAGAACUGUGGAUUUUUUUAUGGUCACAAUGUGUUUUCAGUAGCCCUUAUUUUUGUAACUGCAUUUCAGGGCCUUUCAGUGGCUUUCAUUCUGAAGUUCCUGGAUAACAUGUUCCAUGUCUUAAUGGCCCAGGUUACCACUGUCAUCAUCACUGCAGUGUCUGUCUUCAUCUUUGACUUCAGGCCCUCCUUGGAGUUUUUCUUGGAAGCCCCUUCAGUCCUUCUCGCCAUAUUUAUUUAUAAUGCCAGCAAACCUCAGAGUCUGGAAUGUGCACCUAGGCAAGAACGGAUCCGAGAUCUAAGCGGAAGUCUCUGGGAGCGUUCAAGUGGGGAUGGAGAGGAACUGGAAAGACUUACCAAACCCAAGAGUGAUGAGUCAGAUGAAGACACUUUUUAAAUCGAAUUUCCCAGGAAGAAAGUGGUAUGGGAAAGCAGAAGUGAGAUGAGUACUCACCAAAAUUACACGCCUGACCACUGAGGGCAGAGAGUUGUUGUGAAUAGGCCCAGUCUUCAUCAUUAGGAGCAGAGAUCACCAGCAACCGCCUCCUCCAUCGGAACCUGGAAAAAAAGCAGAAGGUUACUACUGCUGACUGCCUCAAACAAGAGUCCAGUGUCAGAGAGCAGAGUCACUUUAGCUGCCAUUUUUCCAAUGCCAAGAAUAAAAAGUAUUGACCUA